AACAAGUGAAAAAAACAAUAAAAAAAUUAAAGAGAGAGAGAGAGGUGUAUAUCUGUCUGUGUGUGGGCGCUUGCUUUGUAUCUCUCACCGGAGUCCUCUGUUUAGGUCGGACUCGGAUUCGAUCGGCCAUGGCUGCUUCGAGGUUUCUCCUACUUUUCUCCAUCUUCCUUGCCCUAAUCUUCUUCGCCGCCAAGGUUAGUGCAGAUGAUGAUGCCCCUAUUGCUGCCCAUGAACAUGAUCAUCAACAAACAACAGAACAAGUCAGAUUGGAUGAUCACUCCGAUUCAUCUCUCAAGAUCGAAUUGGACCAACUCAACUCUCAAAUCCGUGCUCUUGAGUCCCAUGUUGUUGAGAAAACUCAACAACUGAAAAGCAAGGAUGAUAUCAUAACAGAAAAGGAGAAGAUCAUUCAUAACAUGGCGGAUAGCAUUGCAUCAUUGCAGAGCGAGAUUGCAUCCCUUCAGAGAAAAGGGACACUAGAUGCUGAUGAGCGGGUGCGAAAGGCGUAUGCACUGGUUGGUGAAUUAGAGAAACAGAUGGAAGAAUUUAGGAAGGAAAUAGGAACAAAAGAUAGGGAAAAGGAGGCCCUGGAAUCUCAAAAGAAUGAAUCUGAGAAAAAGAUGGCUGAACUGAUUUUGAAUCUUGACAAUCUUCAAAAGAUUAUUGAAGAACAAAAGACCAAAAUUCAUAAAACUGAACGUGCACUUCAAGUUGCUGAGGAAGAAUUGAUGAAGGCAAAGUUUGAUGCCACAUCAAAAACUAAUCAACUAAUGGAGGUUCACGGUGCAUGGCUCCCCCCUUGGCUUGCUGUUCAUUUAAUUCAUGGACAGUCAUUUGUCGAGACACAUUGGAAUAUGCAUGGAAAACCAGCAUUGGAUAAAGUAAACCAGAAGGCACUGGAGAAAAAAGCCCAGGCUGCAAAGUGGGCUGAACCCCACGUGGAAACAAUUAAAAUUAAAUGGAUCCCAGCUGUACAAGAACAGUGGGUGAUGAUAACAACAUCUGUUGAACCACAUGUGCAAUCACUAACCACAAAAGCUACUGAAGUUUAUAAGACAUCUAAAAGUGCUAUAACUCCACAUAUUAUCAAAGUACAAGAAAUUGUGGAUCCUUACUAUCAGGAAGUUAAGAAAGUUGGCAAGCCGUACAUUGAUCAUGUUGCCACUGUGACAAAGCCCCAUGUUGAUAAAGUACGGGUUGCUAUCAAGCCGUAUACAAAGGAGAUAGUUCUUGCGUAUGGGAAGUUUCUUGAAUCUGCCACUGUCUAUCAUCAGCAGGUCCAAGACAAAGUGCAAGAUACACUACAAAAUCAUGAGCUUACAAGACCUCUUGCAACUAAAGAGUUGGUGUGGUUUGCUGCCUCUGCUUUGUUGGCUCUACCCAUCAUUGUUCUGCCGAGAAUCUGUUCAGUCAUUUUCUGUAAAAAGGUGAAGAAACCUGCCCGAAGUGGAAAUCCAAAGAAUGCACGCAAGACUAAGCGUGGACAUCCAGACAAGUAGUGGCACAUAGACUGAUGCUCUUUUUUGGCAUGUUCAGGUAUGUAUGAGCGUUAUUUGCCUGGAUGUUUUGUGGAGCUCUGAAGUUUGGUCUCUAUGGACAAACUAGGAUUUUUUUUUUGGUUGUUGUUGUUAUGGCUGUUGUUCCUGGAGCUCUUCACUUGAUUUUAUAAAGGUUCAAAGUAAAAGACGCUUGAAGUCUCUGUCCAUAACUAAGUUAAUGCUGGGUAGUUUGGAAAUUCAUGUAUUAUGAGGGCUUUGUUUUUUUUGUGCUUGGGAUACUUCUUUUUUGCUUCAAAUCCUUUAGACAGUUGAAAUCAGUCUUUGGCGUUGUUUACUUGAAAUAUUAUUUGUAAUGUGCCUAUAAUUUAUUGAUUUCUUGGUUUGGACAUCUCUGUGUGUCUAAGUGCCUGCAUAUAUCUGUAAACAAAUUUGUAUUUA